AUGCUUUCUAACGUACGGAAUGUUUCUGAUCUGGCUCGUUCAUCAGAAAUACCAGAAAUAAAGGUUCAAGAAGAAGGAGAACAAGAGGUAUCAUUUCCUCUAUUGUCCGAGGAGUUUGAUGUGUAUCAAAAAUGUCUAACUUCGACUCAUGAACAAGCUUCUCGAAGAAGUUCAAGAACUUCCACGUGCUCACAUACGUUAUCAAUACAUGCCGAAACAGCAUCAGCCGUUUCUUUCGAAGACAUCAUGGCGGAAACGAAGACAAGUGUAACUUUAAACAUUCCCUCACCGACCGCCACUGUGGGCUUCUUUGCAUUUGCGUCGAGUAACAGUAGCCCUAGAAUGAGGAAAAAUCCUAACAUCGAUAAAGCCGAACAUUCUACAUCCACAACGGUUUCAGCGGAAAUAAACCCACAAUACUCCAGCGUUAACUUUGGAAAACAAGAUGAACCCAAAAUGAAACUAAAGGUCGAAAAGAAGUCAUCACUUCGUCGUAACGAUAAAGAUGCAUUAAAAAAGCGGCGCUUUAGCCAGCCAGUUCACUUGAAGUUGAAUUGCACUCCAACUCCUGUUAUCUCAACGUACAGGCCCUCAGAAAUAGUUGACGAGGACAUAGACCCUGAUAAUUCUGUUGAGGUUGGAGCAAAUCCUGUCAAACUAGAAGUGGAGGGUUUUUCAACUUCUCCUAAACAUAAUUUACAGAGCAGUGACCUUUCUUUUCGAGAUAUCUCUUUAAGCAAGGGGCUGGAAGAUGAUAUCAAACCAGUCACUGCCCCCAUAAAGAAACCAUCAUUAUCUCAGCGUAGUACCUCUACGCAGAGUGAAGACGACAUGUUUGAAAGUCUUUUUAACUUACGCCAAAGCGCCUCGUAUGAUGUUACAACGAAUCAUGGCAUUUGGCAGAAGUUCAGAGGUCUUUGCCGAAAAAUUACUGUCAGCAAGCAGUUCACGUUCUUCAUCAUGAGUGUUAUUCUACUGAACAUGAUCUGCAUGGGCCUUGAUCAUUACAAUCAGGUAUGCAUUAAGUUUUUUUCAAGAUUAUAGUGGUUUAAAAGAAGUCGAGACCAUAAUAGGCAGAUUUAUUUGCAAGGAAAACAUUAGCCUGAUAAAAUAGUCGACAUUUCGCGACGCCGCCACUUGUUUCCCAGCGAGAUGAGUUGUCACUACCCAGAUCUGGGUAGCGGCUUCUGACUGGUUGUUCCGCGAGAGAAAUUUGCUUCAACCAAUCAGAAGUACUAUCCAGCUCUGGGCAGUGACGUGUCAUCAGUAUGGAAUUUCUGCUGUCAUUGCUCAGACGUCAUUUCGCGGGGAAACCAGUGAUGGCGUCACGAGAUGUCGGCUGUUUUUGGAUCAGGCUAGGAAAACCCCCCAAAAAAAGAAGAACACGAGAGACUGAACGAGAAUUUCUUUAUACCAUUCUGUUCCUGUCAUUAAUCAAGCCGAUUUUUAGAUCUUCGCAUGCCUUUCGUUUUUAACUGUUGUCGUGUUUUCUUUGCCAUAUCUGUCCAGUAUUGGGCUUCAGGGAACUUGUGACAUGGUCCAAAAAAUAUUCCUGUGACGGGCGCUGCAAUCUCAUAGACUUUGCGAAAGAGUCCGGACCUUUCAAAAUGGUCCAGGAAUAACUUCAAAUCAAAAAAGAUUUGUACGGAAAAGAAAGACUCCUCCUUCCAUUCAAUCAGGGCUUGGGUUUUCAAAAAGAACAUGUAAUAUACCUUAACUCCUCUGUGUGGUUAGUUGUCCCAGUUUUCUGUGGUUUCUGGAGCGAUUGACAGCGAUUUUAGUAAAUUAAAGUUCCAUUGCUUUCCUUAAAGCAACUUAAUUAAUAGCCCCUUCUAGUCACAUAGAAACAAAUCAACAGGCAGAGAAGCUCAGGUAAGAAGUAGUUUUUGGUAUUUUUGAAUCGAAGUAGUAGUAGUUCUUUUCCACGUACGACCAAAAUUAUAAAAUAGCGCACUCUAAUUCAUGCCGUGCGAGUGCAGUGGAAGCUAAGAUUCUUUAGCUCCAGGAUAAAGCGUCUCACUUGUGAUCACAGGCCCCUCCAUUAUAAUUUCGCUGUUACCAUACUGUUGCCAUAACGCUUAAAUAACAACAACCACAAAACGCUGAAAAGAAGUCACAUGGUCUGUAGUAAUUUCCAUAUAAUUUGGGGUACUUGUGCUUUAUCUUUGAUGUUUUCUAUCGCAGCCGGAUAGUCUAACUGUUGAUGCGCUGGAGACCACAAACAUAAUUUUCGUAUCCAUUUUUGGGAUUGAGAUGAUACUAAAGCUACUAGGAGAUGGAGUUACUACGUAUCUUAACAACGGACAAAAUGUGUUUGAUGGAUUAAUUGUCAUUGUAAGGUAGGAAUGCUAUGUCUCGAUAAGUUGAUUUUAAUCACUGCGCUAGGAGAAUGGAUGGGUAAUUAAAUAUUGAUUUAUUUCCCCUAAUGCAAAGCCUCGCUGACUCAAGUACUGGUAACUUUAAAAAUAAUGACAAANUGUGGUUUCUGGAGCGAUUGACAGCGAUUUUAGUAAAUUAAAGUUCCAUUGCUUUCCUUAAAGCAACUUAAUUAAUAGCCCCUUCUAGUCACAUAGAAACAAAUCAACAGGCAGAGAAGCUCAGGUAAGAAGUAGUUUUUGGUAUUUUUGAAUCGAAGUAGUAGUAGUUCUUUUCCACGUACGACCAAAAUUAUAAAAUAGCGCACUCUAAUUCAUGCCGUGCGAGUGCAGUGGAAGCUAAGAUUCUUUAGCUCCAGGAUAAAGCGUCUCACUUGUGAUCACAGGCCCCUCCAUUAUAAUUUCGCUGUUACCAUACUGUUGCCAUAACGCUUAAAUAACAACAACCACAAAACGCUGAAAAGAAGUCACAUGGUCUGUAGUAAUUUCCAUAUAAUUUGGGGUACUUGUGCUUUAUCUUUGAUGUUUUCUAUCGCAGCCGGAUAGUCUAACUGUUGAUGCGCUGGAGACCACAAACAUAAUUUUCGUAUCCAUUUUUGGGAUUGAGAUGAUACUAAAGCUACUAGGAGAUGGAGUUACUACGUAUCUUAACAACGGACAAAAUGUGUUUGAUGGAUUAAUUGUCAUUGUAAGGUAGGAAUGCUAUGUCUCGAUAAGUUGAUUUUAAUCACUGCGCUAGGAGAAUGGAUGGGUAAUUAAAUAUUGAUUUAUUUCCCCUAAUGCAAAGCCUCGCUGACUCAAGUACUGGUAACUUUAAAAAUAAUGACAAAUCUUGUCAUUAUCUUACUAUCUGUUUUCUCAUUAGUUAAGAGCCUACAGCUCAUUUUGGAAACCAGCGCAACCUAUACUACAGAUUCGUGAGUUAUAUGCUAGCAGAUAAUUGACUAAUUAUUAGAUUCGGUUUUUGUGAUAUCCUAAAUAAUCAAGGUCUCGGUAAGUGUUAUCAGCCUCGGUCUUCGGCUCGGCUGAUAACACUUACCUCGACCUUGAUUAUUUAGGAUAUCACAAAAACCUCAUCCACUAAAUGAUUGUUUAUUAUUGGUUUUCUCUGCUAAGUAAUUGUUAUCAAGAUAUUGGCACUUGACCAAUUAUUGAUCAUUGAUUAGUUGAAGCUAGAGUAUUGAUUUUCAGCUACUCAUACCUCAAAAUGCCACUUUUUAAAUGUAUUUUAAAAAUAUCUAUACCACUAUUUCAAAUUUAAUAUAAUUACGAGGUAAAAGCCCACUUGACAGGAGGUGAGACUGUUCAGUGUUGGUCCAUAAAACCUUAUGCUUAUUUUCUUUCAAGGCUAUUAGCAGUAAAUAAUUUUGAUUGGUUGGCUAUUGAUAAGCAUGGCCGAGGAAUUGAUCUCUUGAUGACCGAGAACAACUCCUUAAAAGAGAGGGUUUGAACCCAGAUAACUCGGGUUAAAUUCAAGGCCCUAAGCCGGCACCCUGUCAUAAUUUAAUAACGCCACCUUCUCCUUUUAAAUUUUAGUGUCUGCGAGAUACUUAUUUGCAAAGGGAAUUCCGCCCUAUCAGUGUUCCGUAGCAUCAGACUUCUCUGCAUUUUCAAACUUGUCAGACCAGUUCGAUACCAGUUACUCGUGGUUAUUAAAACCAUGACAAGUGCGAUGACCCUUUUUGGCCUGCUGUUUCUAUUCAUAUUCGCAUUUGCAAUCCUUGGUAUGAAUUUAUUUGGUGGAAAAUUUGAAUUCAAGAACGCUGAAGGACAGCUUGUCAUCUCCAGGAGUAAUUUUGAUGACUUCCUUUGGGCAAUGGUAUCUGUGUUUCAGGUAUGCCUUCGGUUAUCGUGUCAAGCAUAAUUUUUAUCCAUCAGGCAUCGGUUGUUCAAAAGAUGGAUAACGUUAUGCGCCGGAUAAAUUACUAUCCAGUGGAUAAGUAUUGGGGAAACCAAUUGCACUGUCCACAUGGAUAGCGUUAUAUACCUUUUGAUCAACUGGGGCCUGGUGUGGUCAGUCCGCAUCGAGCGUUAGGUUAAAUGUUCGUUUGACUGAUUGUGUAAAGUUUACAACUUCUCCGUUGCUAUCCGCUACUGAUUAAUAGAUACCACCAAACGCAAAAGUAUUAUUUUAUGUAGAGACACCGAUUCCCUUAAUCUAGCUAGAUAGCAAAAAACGAUUCAUAUAUGUAAAAUUUUUUGAAAAAUUUGGUGAUCAAUGAACCUUGGAUCAAAAUCAGAAAUUAUUCUACCUUUCUAACUCCCUCUUUUUCUAACGAAUAAAAAGUAAUUAAAAUUGAUUUGUAGAAAAACGUACGGAUCAGGGGAUUCGUAUGUUGUUUCAGUCAAACGUUGUACACUCACUCACUCACUCACUUUCGCGUCUUUUUAAAAAACAUUACAGUUUUCUCUGAGUGUUCACACUAAAACCGUGAGUUUUCUGUAACAUAGGUCCUUACCCAGGAGAACUGGAAUCGAGUAAUGUAUGAUGGCAUGCGCAGUACAAACAAGUGGGCAGCGCUGUACUUUACGACCCUGAUGGCUGUCGGGUAUUACGUGUUGUUUAACCUACUUGUGGCAAUAUUGGUGGAAGGAUUCACAAACUCUGGGGUAAGCAUGCAUGCCCUGGGUAAUUUUCCAGGGUUCAUUUAUGUGCCAUGCUUUAGUUAACCUGAAAAUUAAAAUAUCCCGAGUUACAGCUCACAAAAAAGAACGUACUCCUUAAGAGCAAAAAGAUAGGAUUAAACCUUCAUCAGCUGGUAAGUGGAAAGGGUUGUGCUUGUAACUGAAAGGUUCAGGCAAGAACAUUUGUUAUGUUUUCUCAAGGAGAGCAGAAACGAGAAUGGACAAUGAUUAUCAAUUUGCGCCUUAUGUAACCAGUUCACUAUUAACAGAGGAAAACAUUUCUGCGCAUUGUCACAUUUAUUCACUCACUGCCUAUUCUGAACGGUUUUUUUUAUCCUCUAGAAAGAAAAUCUCCCUCUAAAGAAUGAAGGAAAAAUGGAAAAACCUGAUUCUAAUUCAGAGACGAUUAACAAGCCCCAUAUAGUAAUCUCUUAUUGCGAUUCAAAUGAGUCUUGUCCCGGGAGCUCUUGUCAAGAGGCCACGCCCGAAUUUUGCGGUCACGGAGUACGCAACGCUCUAGGCAUGUAG